CCUCGCUAGCGCCUUCCGCGAACUGAGGACUCCCGAGAGGCCGAGACCACCCCGAUGUCCGCCAUGGAGACCGACAUCAACGCGCCGCCGCCCGCCCCAGCCGGCGAGGGAUCCUCCGUGGUCGGUCCGUCCUCCUCAUCCUCCCGCAAGCCCAACAAGCGCUUCGAGAUCAAGAAGUGGAACGCCGUCGCGCUCUGGGCAUGGGAUAUCGUCGUCGACAACUGCGCCAUCUGCCGCAACCACAUCAUGGAUCUAUGCAUCGAGUGCCAGGCGAACCAAGCUAGCGCGACCAGCGAGGAGUGCACUGUCGCUUGGGGUGUCUGUAAUCAUGCUUUUCACUUCCACUGCAUCAGCAGGUGGCUUAAGACUCGCCAAGUGUGCCCAUUAGAUAACAGUGAGUGGGAGUUCCAGAAAUAUGGCCACUAGUUCCUGGGCACCGUCAUGUGAUGUUGGGGCUUUGCUGCCACUCAAGUGUUUUUGUCUGCCAAACAGCUCCAUCUCUUACUGCUUUCGAUGCUUGCAUCUAUCACCCGUCAAUUAUAACUAGCUAGCAGUACGUACACCUGGGACUGUAUUUGGACGAUCCAUUGAGAGGAUAGUAGGCCCAUUUUAUCAAUGGUAUGUGGAUCUUCAUAAGUGAGCUUGUAUUGUGCUGUGGUACCAUUUUCUGAAGUCAUGUUUUUUUAUACGUGCCUGUCUUGAUGUUAUGAAGUGGGUUUGCCUUUCGGCCGCAUGUAUAUAGGUUACUGAAUGUUGCGGACAAUGCCCUGAAAUUAUGUUGGGCACUAUAUCCUGUCUUGC